AUGACGAAAUAUUUUUUUAUAAUACCUAUUUGUUUUUGCUUUGUUUUUCUGAAUUGUUCAGGAAAUUUAACAAUUGAAAAUGAAAAUAGGAUAAAAGAAAAAAAAAUAGCGAAAUAUAAUUAUGGAAAACUAAAAAAAAAAAUUAAUAUAGAGAACAGUGAAGAUAAUGAAAAAAAUGGCACUUUUGAUGUGGAUGAAAACAAAGGAAAAGAGAGUAAAAAUAAUGAUGAAAAUAAUAUAAUCGAUGAAGAAUAUCCAAAUAAAGAAUACAAAAAAUGUAUAGAUAUGGUUGAAAAAAAAUUUAAUGACAAAGAACUUGGUGAAAAUCAAGCAAUAAAAGAUGAUUUAAACAAAUUGUGCUUAACGAAAAAAAUUGAAGAUGAAGAAAACAAUAAAAAAAAAAUAUUACAAAAAAAUAAAAAAGACAGCGAAGAAAAGAAUAAACAUAACAAGUUAACAGAUAUAGAACAAAAUAAAAAAGAAAUUAUAUCACAAUUGGGUUUAUCAAACAAAAUUGAAAUUUCAUACACCGUCUUAAAUGAAUUAUUAUCUGAAUUAAAAACAUGUUCAAGAAAUUAUAGAAAAAAAUGUCCAUUAAAUUGGAAAAUAAGUGAAAGUAACAAAGAAUAUUGUUAUGCACCUGAUUCAUAUAUUGGGCCAUGUGAAAAAAAUAUAAGUAAUGAUAUUGAUAUAGGUGAAAAAAAACAGAUAGAAAAAAAAUGUUUAUUAUUUUGGGAAUGUGAAAAAAAUUGUAUUCAAGAUUUUGAAAAUUCAAUAUGUCCAUUAGAUUGGGUACUAUCAAAUGAAGAAUAUUGUAUAUCACCAGAUAACUAUAAUGGAAGUUGUUUAAAUAAAAUAAAAUUCAUAGAUAUGGGAAAUAAAGAAAAGUCUAUAUAUUCAAAUUUAUGUGAUAUCAAAUGGCCAUGUAAAGAAAAAUGUGAACAUGAUUAUUUUGAUUUAUGUCCAAACGGAUGGAUUGAAACAAAUGAUGGUUAUUGUUUAGCGACAAAUUAUAAUGGAACUUGUCAAAGAAAAUUGAACUUAAAAAAUUUAGAUAAAGCAAUGAAACAAAUAUAUGAACAAAAAUGCCAAUUUAAUUAUCCAUGCAUUAAUUCAUGUGAAAAAAAUUAUGAUGAUUUAUGUCCAAAAUCAUGGAUAAUUUUUAAUGAAAAUGAAUGUGCGCCAUCAAAAAAUUACAAUGGGAAUUGUAAAGAAAAUUAUAUAUUUAAAAAUAAAAAUAUAGAAGAAAAAAAAAGUUUCGAAAAAUUAUGUAAUGUAUCUUAUCCAUGUUUAAAAAAAUGUCAAAGAGAUUAUUCAUAUAACUGUCCAAUGGGAUGGAAGGAAACUCUAAGCUUUUGCCUAGCUCCUACUUAUUAUAAAUAUAAUUGUAAUAAAAUGAUAAAAAAAAAUAUGAAUGAAAACGAAAAAAAGGAAAUUAGUAAAAAUUGUAAUGUCUUUUGGCCAUGUUCGAACUAUGAAAUUAUUUUAAAAAGAUUAAUUUAUAAUAAUAUUUCAAAUGAAGAUUAUAUAUCUAUUGUUAGCGGUCCUAUUGAUAAUACAACAGGGGCAAUAAUCGAUGUGUAA